AUGGCCAUGUCGGAACCAGCGUAUUGGGCCAAGUAUGUAGAGUAAGUAUACCUUGUCCUCCUAUCUUCUCUGUCUCUCAGCAUUGACGCUAGCUUCUUCUGUGAAUUCUCUCUGUGUUCUUCUUUCUUUUCUGUUCCCUCAACCCUCUUUGACUGUAUUGACCCUCUGUGCCCUAUGUGUCCUGAUGUAACGCUUUGCCAGGUGUUUGUUGCCUUGCCAACCACAAUUAGCAAGUAAGUUCACGAUUUUAGUGUACCCGGCUAAUUUGCUGAUUGCAUUCUUGCUAUGCUGCAUCGGAAUGAACAACCAUGGGUGACACAUACCGUUUAUGCCUUAAUAAAUUUGUAUUAAAGGGAUUCAUAUUCCAACCACUACGAUAAACAAACAACUGAAAGCAAAAUCAAUGAAGGAAUGGGAAUUAUCAUUCAGAUGAAUCUUUAUAGAAAUGGGAUCAGUAGAGUUGAACUUGGGUAAAAUAUAUCUAUCUAUCUAUCUAUCUAUCUAUCUAUCUAUCUAUCUAUCUAUCUAUCUAUCUAUCUAUCUAUCUAUCUAUCUAUCUAUCUAUCUAUCUAUCUAUCUAUCUAUCUAUCUAUCUAUCUAUCUAUCUAUCUAUCUAUCUAUCUAUCUAUCUAUCUAUCUAUCUAUCUAUCUAUCUGUCUGUCUGUCUGUCUGUCUGUCUGUCUGUCUGUCUGUCUGUCUGUCUGUCUGUCUGUCUGUCUGUCUGUCUGUCUGUCUGUCUGUCUGUCUGUCUGUCUGUCUGUCUGUCUGUCUGUCUGUCUGUCUGUCUGUCUGUCUGUCUGUCUGUCUGUCUGUCUGUCUGUCUGUCUGUCUGUCUGUCUGUCUGUCUGUCUGUCUAACUGAUUCAGUCUGUGUAUCUAUCUAUUUAUAAUGUCUCUCUCUCUCUUCUCUAUUCUCAAUCAUUCAGAGUAUAAGUCCAUCCCACACUAUGGAUUUGCUGUUAGGCAGAGGCAUCUGUCAUAUGGAUAGAGUGGAUUUGACCCACAAACAUGUAACCAAUAGUAGUCCUCUAUGUUAUGAAAAUCAACCACCCUGAGUCUAAAGCCAGAGUCAGCCUGCCAAGUUUACCUUUAAUGAAGACAGCCUUUCAGCAAAUGGAAUCUGCAAUGUCAACAACACUACAAAUCAGGCAGUUUAUAUUCUCACUCAAAAAGGGGCUCAUUGGAACAAUCUGUAACAUGCAAUGACUCCCAGCCAGUCACAGUCUCCCUUAUUAACCAUUAACAUUACAGGAAGAACAGAGUCAGUAGCUAUGACAAAAACUAAAAGGAAUAUGGCUGUGCACUUCCUCCGAAUGCUGCAUCCUCCAUCCCAGUCUCCAUUGACUCUGACUAUGAAGAGUGUCUCUCUCUCUCUCUUUAAUUGAUUCGAUGUUAAAAUUAAGUGACUGUAAUGUAUUGACUUGGACUGAUCUAUACUGUCAAUGUAAAGUACAGUUCAAUGAUUCCCGUCAGUCCGAGUCAAACCAAUACAUCACAGUGACAUCCUGGAUUUGAAUGCCUAUUCUUGUCUUAAUGACCUGCUUAACUCAUCAAGGAGCGCUGCUGUCAAAGAGCUUGCUGUCUGUCUCAUUCCCUCUGGGCUGUAUUAUCCACGCGCUUCUCAUUCUUUCUGUCCUGUGUCUCUGUGUCUCCCUAAAGCUGCUACAUGUCUACCUGUCUGUCCCUUUCCUUCUUGUUUUCGUUCUUCUUUUGACAUUUGGUUGAAUUAGAACUGCACUUGGAGUUGGGGCAACCAUGUGCAGGAAGAAGGGGGGGGGGGGCUUAUGCCAUUGCUUGCUAAUGUUUUCACUUUUUGUUCCCCCCUUCCCUUCCCCCAUACACCCACCCAGGUACACUUUCACUGGCAUUUACACGUUUGAAUCGUUGAUAAAGAUUCUGGCGAGGGGAUUCUGUGUGGGUCCAUUUACCUUCCUGCGAGACCCUUGGAACUGGCUGGAUUUCAGUGUGAUUGUCAUGGCGUAAGUAUCUCUCCUGUUACAGUAGACCUCUCUGUAUCUCUCCUGUUACUGUGUGACCAUAACCCUAACCCUUCCUUUUAACCUGUCCUCUCCUUCUAACCUUCCUUCUAACCUACAAUCGAAUCUACACUCUCAAAGCCCUUUUUAUUCCUUCUCUAAUACUCUUUUCACACUAUUGAGAUGAGUCGAAAUGAGCCGAGCCAAGCUGUACUGUGCUGGCCUGGUUAUGCAUCCACAAUGUUGUAACCGUUGUUGUAACAGUUGUUGUAACCAUGCUGGAAUGGAAAACGUGAAAGGAAAACAUCUGAGGCAGCAAAACUACGUUUUGGGUUGGCACAAUAGUGUGAAGGGUGUAUUAGAGUGUUGUAUAAUAUUUAUUGUCUGACAUGUUGUAUUCUGACUUCCUUCUAUCUUUCCUCUAUACUCCUUUGUCAAAUCCCUUAACGUUCGACGGAAAAAUGUCACUGGAAGUAAAAGUUUGCGGAUGCUGUUCUUACUUCCUCUUUUUCUAGAAUAUUGGAGGAAAGUAAAGUUCUACGAAAACAACUCUGUUGUUUUAAGUUGACCUACAUCUUUUUGAUGCAUCCAUACUACUUAAUGAAUAACUGAAAAUCACUAACAUCGGGAUUAGUUACUGAUCCAAUUGGAGAUUAACUUGAGUUGACGAAGUGUUAUACGACUCAGAUAAGAUGAAUGAUCCUCAACUCUAAAGCUUCAAUUAAUAUUUGACCUCAAUAUUGAGGGCUGCUCUUUAUGAUUGUAAAACUAAUAUAUGUUCCGCAAAAUUUGAAUGUGACAUUUGUAUUACUGUAAUAGAGUAAACUUUUACUUCCAAAAUUGUACAAUGCAACCUAAAUUAAAUGACCAAUUACCAAUAUCCUCAAACGUUAUAUUUUGCUUUGGUUGUGUGGGUAAAGAAAGUACCUUAAGUUGCUUUUGAAUAAUGUAUUUAGCUCCUGACCUACUGUGGAUGGUCUAAACACAGCAUAUUUUAUCUAUGGCAACUAUUUUGAACACCCCCCCCCCCCCCCCCCCCACCCCACCCCCCCACAUGCAUCCCCCCAUACGGUGAUGAAGUGUUGAUGUCUCUUUUGGCUUCUACAGUUUUAUUUACCCCUCCUUCCAGAGGGCCAGUCGUCCUUGAACUGGAAGCCUCUGUGGGGUCAGAUGGAUCUUUAGCAGGACAGGAACACAUAAGUCACCGACCCUCGCAUCCCUCCUGCUAGUUUCGACGACAGGCUACCUUCCUUCCCACUGCUGGCUUUAUUAAAUCCAGACUGAUGACCGGGGAAAUGGAUAACCCCCCCUACCAUGCUGAUAAAUGUCCACACCCCCAACCCCGUGGGUUCCCAUGGAAACGGAGGGGUGUCGCCCCCCUGUGGGGUGACAGGUAGCCUAGCUGUUGAGAGCGUUGGGCCAGUAACUGCAAGGUCGCUGGUUUGAAUCCCCGAGCCAGCAAGGUAGAAAAAUCUACCGUCAUACCCUUAAGCAAGGCAGUUAACCCCCAACAACGACUGCUCCCCGGGCGCCAAUGACGUGGAUGUCGAUUAAGGCAGCCCCCCGCACCUCUCUGAUUCAGACAAGACACAUUUUGGUUGAAUGCAUCCAGUUGUGCCACUGACUAGGUAUCCUCUUUCCCUUCCCUUGAAUUACAGAAUUCAAGAAAUUAAGCACUUUGCUGUUCUACAAGUGGGCUAUGCCUGGGUCCCCGAGAGAAAUAACGUGCCAUGUUAGCUAUGAAGCUUUUGGGAAACUCACCUCAGAAAUGUAAUAGGGAAUGGAACCACUUAUGUCCAGAAGACUUGAUAUACUGUAACUCACAUAAGCAGCACAUGGACUGGCACCAUACUGGUUUUUCCCAACAUUUUCGAGAAUCUCAGCUGUCUCUUGGUUUGGAGACACACUAACAGCAGUCAUAAAGGUCAAAAGGGUCCCUCUAAAUAUCUAUUCUGGGAUGUUUCUGUCCUGUUCUUCAGGGAAAUUUUACACUAAGACACAGUGAGCAGUGCUUAGCCUACAGUUGUCUUUCCUUUUUUGUGUUUGACCAAAUAACUGUAAUUUGAUCCUGCAGGUUGCUAACCGAGUUUGUUAAAGUAGGCAAUCUCCAAGCACUUCGAACAUUCAGGGUCCUCAGAGCAUUGAAAACUAUUUCAGUAAUCCCAGGUAAGAGGGAGACUCCCCUGCUGCUGCAGUGUUACCGAAAAAAUGGGUUGCAUCUUCUAUUGUCCAGUCCACGUACUGUUACUGUUCUGUACAGCCCCUCCCCCCUCUUCCUCCUCUCUGUCCAAUCCAAAGCCACUCUCUCUGACCCUUGACCUGUUGCCACAUUCCCCCCUCUUUCCUCUCCUCCAAUCCUGGCCCCUUCACCUGUUGUGUUUUACCUGUCGUUUGUGCUUUGUCAUUGUGUCUGCUUGACUUUCACUUAUUGCAGAUAUGUUACUGAAUUUGUGGACCUGGGCAAUGUCUCAGCAUUACGGACAUUCAGAGUCCUACGAGCACUGAAAACUAUCUCAGUCAUCCCAGGUGAGAAGGGAGUUUCAAACACUAAGACACCACCCACCGCUGGAAGAACUAAACCACGGCUACGUUCCAAUAUGUCCAUAUUAGCACACUACUUAGGAUGAAGCAAUGUAUUUGGCAUGCAUUCAAAGUGGCCUGCUAGUGUGGGUAUUGGAACAGAGUUCCUUGUCAUUUCCUUUUUGUUUCUGUUGAUUAAAUAACGGGUGAGUGGAAAUGUCAAAGAGGUGAAGGAAAUGAGACCUUUGGGUUGGGCAACCUCUGAUUCAAAAUGGAGGAUUGUCACAUUUUAGAUACUCUAUAGAAUAUGUUUGCCUAGAGUUUGUUUUAACUUCAAAAUUGUUUUGUAUUAAGAUGUUAAUUUUGAUGUAUGUCAAUCAUUUAUUAAAAAUACAAAUCUAGUUUCUAUCAAGGCAUGGUCAUGCAUCCACCUGCUAUAUGCAAACACUAUGCUAUAGACAUCAACAAAGUGAAUGUAGUCCAUUAAUAAAGUUUCAACAUGACAUCUGGCCUUAAGCCCAAAGAUCAUGUUACCUCGUUACCUGGCUCAACAGGUCUCAUUCACCCUUAGUGUUUAACAUCAAACAGGCAUGGGUAUAGUCAAAUACCACUUUGUAUGGUAAUAAUAUCUUCACAACAGAUGCUCCCCUAGGAAGUAGGACAUCCAUUCAGAAUGGAUCUCUACUCAAAUUGGACUAAAUCUCGUUUGGAUGAUACAGGUGUACAGUACCCUUAGCAACAUAUAGUGCAGUAUAUUUCUGAGCAGGACCUUAUAUGACUUAGGAUCUUAAUUUGAUCACCUUGUUGUUGCAGGAAAUGUCAUGCACAGCAGGAAAUGCAAACUUGUAGUGUAUUCGCGGUUUUAAAAUACUUUUAAAGUUUGUAAUUUCCACUUUAAAAUGUCAGACUUGAUUUGCUCUAACAUAAAUGUAUCAACCCCUACAGAACAUUACAUGUUUUAUAAUCCAUACAAUAAUUCACAUUUUCUGUUGCUGCAGGAUUAUUUUCCUGCUGUGAUAAACUGGUCAAAUUAAGAUCCUACAUCUGUAAUCCUACAGUACGUAACAUGUCCACUUGACCUGACAAGGGAAAAACCCUCAACCCUACUUGUUAUUUUAGCCUAACUAGGGCCUAGAGUUUUUCCUGGUUAGGUCACAUAGGGAUUGCCAGUACCAUAGGUACCCAGUAUCUACUCUGAAGGGGCUAACUUCCAUCAGUCAUGGCCCAGGUAUUCCACCACUACUUCCUGUUAUCUGGUGCUCUUCAGAGACAUGGUGCGUCAGGCUCUUCAUGGCCGACCUCCUUUGGCCCACGCCGUCUGCUGGAAAUGCCAGGGUGGAAGCGAUGGCUUAGAGGCUGUCAAUUCCUUUUUGUGUUCAUACUGUACUGCACAGCAAUUUGACCCUGCUCCAGCUACACUACCUUUAAUCCAAUAGGAAUCAGGAUAGUGAGAUAAUAGCAUAGGCUCAGAUGAGAUAUAGUUAGCUAGCAAACAGAAUGCUAUGAAAGCUUGGAAAUGCUUUGGGCACACUCUGAGACAGGGUUAAAGUUCAAAUAUGUCAGCCAGUCAGUCAGUUAGUCAGCCAGCCAGUCAGCCAGCCAGCCAGCCAGCCAGCCAGCCAGCCAGCCAAUCAGCCAGUCAGUUAGUUUGUCAGCCAGUCAGCCUCCAUAGUCAGCCAGUCAGUUAGUUUGUCAGUCAGCCAGUCAGCCAGUUUGUCAGCCAGUCAGCCAGUCAACCAGUCGGUUCGUUUUUCAGUCAGUCAGUCAGUUGGUUUGUCAGUCAGUCAGUUAUUUAGUUUGUCAGCCAGUCAGCUAGUCAGCCAGCCAGUCAACCAGCCAGCCAGCAUAAACUAGUUCAAUUAGAUUGUUUCACUCAUUAUUUGGGAAGUGUCUGUUGUCAAUGACCAUACAUUGUGAAUUUGCGGUGCAUUUUGAUAUCUCGAAAAGAAACACAAGACAAUGUUUCUUUCUGCAGUGGUUAAUUAGUUUGCGUUAGCUUUCGUUUUGUCUUGACUGUCGUGUUGGUGUCUUCAGUUUGUGUGUGUGUGUGGCUUUGUUGGUUUGAUGUUCUGAAUUUGUUACUGUACAGUAUAUUUAAUCCAUGUCAUGAUUAUGGAUAGUGAGUCGUUGUUUUGUUCCUAAUACAAUUGUUGUAAUUUGUAUAACUUCUUGUACAUAGUAAUACACUGUACUUAAGUCACUGUUACUACUGUACAGUAUGUGAUUGUAAAAAGUAAACAGACCACUAGCUUCCAGAAUUUUUAAUAAAAAAUAUAAAACGUUUUGUUAAUAAAUUACAUAUACACAAUAAACAUAACUUCAGAUUUUAGAUCUAAACCAACUCCUUAUGAUUACACAGAGGUAGCUAGCCAAAUAUAUUUACCCUGUGUCCAUUUCCAUGUCCAUGUGUGUGCGUGCUGACCUAUUGACCUCUGCCCCUGUUUCCCCGGGCAGGUCUGAAGACCAUCGUGGGUGCACUGAUCCAGUCAGUGAAGAAGCUGGCGGACGUGAUGAUCCUAACCGUUUUCUGCCUCAGUGUGUUCGCCCUCAUCGGCCUUCAGCUCUUCAUGGGUAACCUGCGGCAGAAGUGCGUCCGCAGUACAACGCACUGCGUCAACGACACCCUCAACACCAACACAACCUUCUUCUGCAACAACCGGACGUGGCCCUCACUCAAACACUUCAUUGCAGACGAAGGUGAGCACUGUGUAUCAGUUAAAUGCCUGUUUAAUUGAUUAAUGAAUGUAUCAUUUAUUUAAAAAGGUUGACCCUAUUGAGAGCAAAGUUAUGUUAUGUUUGAGGAGACUGAAAAUAGUCAGCCAGUCACCCAGUCAGCCAAUCAGCCAAUCAGCCAGUCAGCCAGUCAGCCAGCCAGUCAGUUUGUCAGCCAGUCAGCCAGCUAGUCAGUUUGUCAGCCAGUCAGCCAGUCAGUUAAUUUGUCAGUAUUAGGAGACUGGGAGUGUAGGGCAAGUGCCGCCCUACACUCUAUAUUCCUGCCACUGGCACAAUCUAAUUAGACUUAUGUAAUGGCGUGGGCCUGCCUCAAGUUUCUGUGACGUUGAGUUUUCACUCAAGGCUAUGUGUGUUGUUGACUUGUAACACGAUAUCCUCGAAAUAUGAAACAUAUGAACAACGCUACAGCAGUAGUUUAAUAGUAUUACUGCCCUCGAAGUGACUCUUCUUAUCAACUCUAUGCAAGGAUGCCUGUGUGUUGUCUUCGGAACGCCUCAUUAUCUCUCCAACCCCCAUUGUCUCACCUCUGAGAAGAAGAGGUUCUGUUGUAUUUACAUCAUGUAGGUCUGAUGUCUGAUUGGAAGUUAACUCAACAGUGAUACUAUUGGUCAACCAGUCAGAUUUUGAAUCCAAACAACUCAGAUUCUUAUAAAAGGGUUUUAGAUUCAUUGUUCUUUCUCUUCUUUGUUCCUGACCUGCGCUGGUGAGAUACCUACACUCUCUUUUUCUUUCACUCUCCCUUGAGCUAUGGGCCAUGGCACAAGCCAUGGUUACUUUGUCUCUCUCUCUCCCAUGAGCUAUGGGCCAUGGUACAAGCCAUGGUUACUUUGUCUCUCUCUCCCAUGAGCUAUGGGCCAUGGCACAAGCCAUGGUUACUUUGUUUCUCUCUCCCAUGAGCUAUGGGCCAUGGCACAAGCCAUGGUUACUUUGUUUCUCUCUCCCAUGAGCUAUGGGCCAUGGUACAAGCCAUGGUUACUUUGUCUCUCUCUCCCAUGAGCUAUGGGCCAUGGUACAAGCCAUGGUUACUUUGUCUCUCUCUCCCAUGAGCUAUGGGCCAUGGUACAAGCCAUGGUUACUUUGUCUCUCUCUCUCCCAUGAGCUAUGGGCCAUGGUACAAGCCAUGGUUACUUUGUCUCUCUCUCCCCCAUGAGCUAUGGGCCAUGGUACAAGCCAUGGUUACUUUGUCUCUCUCUCUCCCAUGAGCUAUGGGCCAUGGUACAAGCCAUGGUUACUUUGUCUCUCUCUCUCCCAUGAGCUAUGGGCCAUGGUACAAGCCAUGGUUACUUUGUCUCUCUCUCUCCCAUGAGCUAUGGGCCAUGGUACAAGCCAUGGUUACUUUGUCUCUCUCUCUCCCAUGAGCUAUGGGCCAUGGUACAAGCCAUGGUUACUUUGUCUCUCUCUCUCCCAUGAGCUAUGGGCCAUGGCACAAGCCAUGGUUACUUUGUCUCUCUCUCCCCCAUGAGCUAUGGGCCAUGGUACAAGCCAUGGUUACUUUGUCUCUCUCUCUCCCAUGAGCUAUGGGCCAUGGUACAAGCCAUGGUUACUUUGUCUCUCUCUCCCAUGAGCUAUGGGCCAUGGUACAAGCCAUGGUUACUUUGUCUCUCUCUCCCAUGAGCUAUGGGCCAUGGUACAAGCCAUGGUUACUUUGUCUCUGUUAGCGUAUAAGAUUAACGUGCUGUAAUAUAGACCUGGUUUCAAACAGUAUUUUAAAUCUUUCAAAUACUCUCAGCGCUUGCUUUAACCUGCCUGUAGUGCCACAUGGGCGGAGUGUGUACGUUUGGGACUAUUCAGUUGGCUACAUUGUGAAUGUAUUUGACUGAUUCCAACUAGUUAAACCCAGGUCUGGCUCACAUGCUGUCGUAGCGAUCGACGUUUCUUAACUGCACUGAUAUGGUCACGUUGUUGGUCGUGGGUCUCUUAGCUUUGGGUGAGUCUCACAGUUGUUGUGUGACAGUGAUGUCGACAAGACGCUACUUGCAGCUAUAACAUAACAUGUUUGCAGGGGAUAAUUUGUAGCCUAGAAAAAGUCCCACACAGCAGUUCUGAAGCUUGUCAUGGGCACACAUGACAUGGCAGUGUUCCAUUCCAGUGUCCUCUUUCCUGUACCAUCCAAACAGGCAGUAACAGAGACAGCCCUGCAGCGAUUGCACUACUAGGGUGGGUCCACACUCACCGACACAGAUUAUGGCGUGCUUACUUUUGCUGCACAACACUGAUGUGGGGCAGAUGUUUAAAUGGACAGUUGUUCCUCUAAUGGUGAAUGGUCACGUGAGCGGACUUCAUAUUUCAAGUUAUUACAUAUUUCAUGAUUGACCAUUUCAGAUUACUUCAUACAGUUACAGGUCACUUUGCCUCUACCCACAUGUACAUAUUACCUCAAUUACCUGGACUAACCGGUGCCCCCAGCACAUUGACUCUGUACCGGUGCCCCUGUAUAAAGCCUCGCUAUUGUUAUUUUAUUGUUGCUCUUUAAUUAUUUGUUAUUUUCCUAUUUUUUCUUUUUUACUUCAGUUUAUUUUAGUAAAUACUUUCUUAACACUUAUUUUUCUUAAAACGGCAUUGUUGGUUAAGGGCUUGUAAGUAAGCAUUUCACUGUAAGGUCUCUACACCUGUUGUGUUCGGCACAUGUGACAAAUAAAAUUAGAUUAGAUUUGAUUUACAUUUUACAUUUUAGUCAUUUAGCAGACACUCUUAUCCAGAGCGACUUACAGUUAGUGAGUGCAUACAUUUUCAUACUGAUUUGAUACAUACGUGUAGAUGAGUCAGAGGUCAUGGACAUUUGUCCAUUGUUCAAAGACUGUGCUUCUCAAUCCUGGCCCCGGGGACCCAGAGGGGUGCACAUUGUACGAUGCUUAAAGAUGACAGUACAUGAGACAACCAAGGCAUUUCCUGAGAUUGCGUCUACUCUUUUUUUCUUUAACACAGCAAUGAUGGAAAGCUAAUAAAAAAUAAAAAAACACCCUCAUCAAAAUGUCAGACUCAUCUUUCAGAUACACAUCUAGUCAAUCUGCACAGUACAGUGGUGUAAUGUGAAAGCUGUCGCUGAAGAGUGUCUCUGAGCUGUCGCUGAAGAGUGUCUCUGAGCUGUCACUGAAAAGUGGCUCUGGGGUCCAGCUUUUGUGUGUGUGUGUGUGUGUGUGCGUGUAUGUGUGUUGGAGAGGUCCAUGGUCCAUAAAGGAGGAACAUUUAAGGCCACACUGAAACCAGGAAUGCCUACAGCUGACGGAGGGCUCGGGCCGCCUGCCAAAGAGCCCGUCAGGCGAGCCCUUCUCCAGCCCCUCUCCCCAUAGUGGUCUAACGGCACUCAAACCCUCUAGAGUGGGACAGUGAAGCUGAAACGCUGUGAAAAGGACGGGAGAUAAAAUGUAGGAACACUUAGCAUGAAGGAGCAUUGGAGUGGACAUGGAGCCUUCUGGACGUGUAAUCUCUUAGUGUGUUCUAGUGGGAGUCGGCAGCAACACAGUCACCGGGUUAUUGCUAUUGCUAUUUAUUCAUUCAUUUCCAUCCCCUUCAACUUCAAGCAGUCUCUGCUAUCCAUCACCUUACACAAAUGUCAAAUAUCCAAGGCAGGCCUCCGUAUUGAUCCCUUAAAGCUCGGGCGAAACAUGAAACAAAACCAUUUUCUUAAUUUGAUAAAUGGCUAAAAUCAUACAUCCAGUGGGUUAUUUAAAGGUGGACUGAAUCAAUGAUGGCGCCUUAUGAUUAAUAUAAUACAGUCGAUAAACUUCUUUCCCCAACCAGGGCUUCUGGUCAUAAGGUCUGAGUACCACUGAAAUACUUUUGACCUUGAGAUGAAAAUGCUUGUAGGAUCAGCAAUACUAGGGCCAUGUAAUCAAAUGAAUCCCUGUAAUCAAAGUAAUCACUGCAAUCAAAUGAAUCCCUGUAAUCAAAGUAAUCACUGCAAUCAAAUGAAUCCCUGUAAUCAAAGUAAUCACUGCAAUCAAAUGAAUCCCUGUAAUCAAAGUAAUCACUGUAAUCAAAUGAAUCCCUGUAAUCAAAUGAAUCACUGUAGUUAGUCAAAUGAAUCACUGUAAUCAAAUUAAUUACUGUAAUUAAAUUAAUUACUGUAAUCAAAUUAAUCACUGUAGUCAAAUAAAUUGCUGUAAUCAAAUGAAUCACUGUAAUCAAAUGAAUCACUGUAAUCAAAUGAAUCACUGUAAUCAAAUGAAUCGAAUCCAGGCCUCAUCCAUUAUUUUAUUUUCUUUCUUCAGAAAACUACUACAAAGUGGAGGGAGCGAAGGAUGCCUUAAUAUGUGGGGACGGGAGUGAUGCU